GUAUACAUAGAUAUAAACUUUAAUUUAAGUGUGUGUUUCCACUUAACUAAUCCCAUUUCACUUUAAUCCAAAAUUAAAAUACACUCAUCCUUUAAUCCAGGGUCGGAAGUGAACGGACUAAUAGUUGCGAAAGAAAAGACAUUCCUUUACAGUCACUUAGGUGUCAGUCGAGGCAAAUUCUAUUUACAGGCGCGUCUCGCUGCUUCCAUGGGUGUGACGUCACCCACGCCAGGAGUAUAAAUUUGCAGCACGCGAGUACGACUGGCUAUUCAAACCCUCAGCACCAGAGGAGCCACCGGAGGAGAGGAGGGACAAGAAGAGUAGACAGACAAGAAAAGCCAAGUAACUAAAAAAAGAAAAGAAGAAAAAGUCUUUAGACUAUGAACAGACUCACAUUCGUGCUUUCCCUGUUGGCGCUGGGCUGUCUUGUGUGCGAAGGAGGUAACCCUUGCUGCUCAGAGCCAUGCCAGAACAGGGGCAUAUGCACAGCACUCGGCACAGAUGAUUACGAGUGUGACUGCACCCGCACAGGUUUCUAUGGACAGAACUGCACAACACCUGAGUUCCUCACACGGAUCAAGCUGACCUUGAAACCAUCACCCAACACUGUCCACUACCUUCUCACCCACUUCAAGGGCUUCUGGAACAUCAUCAACAACAUCUCUUUUCUCCGGGAUGCCAUCAUGAGAUAUGUGCUGACAUCCCGAUCCCACAUGAUUGAUAGUCCUCCGACUUACAAUGCGGAUUAUGGUUACAAAAGCUGGGAAGCCUAUUCCAACCUCUCAUACUAUACGCGCACUCUCCCUCCUGUACCAGAGGAUUGCCCAACCCCCAUGGGAGUAGUAGGUAAAAAAGAGCUACCUGAUGCUAAACUUUUGGCCGAGAAGCUCCUGGUGAGGAGGCAGUUUAUCCCGGACCCGCAGGGCACCAGUCUGAUGUUUGCAUUCUUUGCACAGCAUUUCACUCACCAAUUCUUCAAAUCUGAUUUGAAGAAAGGACCUGCAUUCACCGCGGCUAAAGGCCAUGGGGUGGACCUCAGCCACAUUUAUGGAGACGACCUGGAGAGGCAACACAAGCUUAGACUCUUCAAAGACGGCAAACUUAGACAUCAGAUUGUGAACGGAGAGGUUUACCCCCCAACAGUGAAGGAAGUAGGUGUCGACAUGAUCUACCCUCCUCAUGUCCCCGAAUCUCACCGCUUUGCCGUGGGUCAUGAGGCGUUUGGCCUGGUCCCUGGUCUAAUGAUGUACGCCACCAUUUGGCUGCGGGAACACAACCGGGUGUGUGAUGUGCUGAAGGAGGUGCACCCGGACUGGGAUGAUGAAAGACUCUUCCAGACAUCACGGCUCAUCCUGAUUGGUGAGACCAUAAAGAUUGUGAUCGAGGACUACGUGCAGCAUCUCAGUGGCUAUAACUUCAAGCUCAAGUUUGACCCUGAGCUGCUCUUCAAAGAGCGUUUCCAGUACCAGAACCGCAUUUCUUCAGAGUUCAACACACUUUACCACUGGCACCCACUGAUGCCCGAUUCUUUCCACAUCGAGGAGAAGGAUUACAGUUACAAGCAGUUUGUCUUCAACACCUCUGUAGUGACUGAGCACGGCAUCAGCAACCUGGUGGACUCAUUUACCAAGCAGAUUGCUGGAAGGGUUGCUGGUGGUCGCAAUGUUCCUGCACCUAUCUUGUACGUGGCCAUUAAGUCGAUAGAGCACAGCAGACAAAUGCGUUACCAGUCUAUGAAUGCCUACAGGAAACGAUUCAACAUGAAGCCCUACAGCUCUUUCGAGGACCUGACAGGAGAGACUGAAAUGGCGGCACUGCUGGAGGAGAUGUAUGGGCAUGUCGACGCUGUGGAGCUCUACCCCGGCCUGCUUGUGGAAAAACCCAGGCAGAAUGCCAUCUUUGGGGAGACCUUGGUGGAGAUGGGGGCCCCUUUCUCCCUCAAGGGCUUAAUGGGGAACCCCAUCUGCUCCCCGGAGUACUGGAAGCCCAGCACCUUCGGAGGGAAAGUCGGGUUUGACAUCAUCAACACAGCCUCGCUGCAGAAACUCGUCUGCAACAACGUGCAAGGCCCCUGUCCUGUGGCGUCUUUCUAUGUGCCAAACAUUAAAGAGACGGAGCCGAUGAUCAUCAACUCGAGCACGUCCCACUCAAGCGGCAGUGACAUCAACCCUACGGUUAUUUUGAAAGAAAGGACUACUGAGCUCUAAUUUCCCCUUUUUCAUUAGUUGAUCUUUUUUUCUUUUUUUUACUUGUGUGUAUUUAUUUAUUUAUUUAAUACUAUUUUAAUAUUUAUUGUCGAUUCUAUUUAUAGUAUAACAUUAGAAAAGUGUCAAACUGUUUUUUUAAAAUAUGGAAUUAUGUCUUUAUGUUUUUGUCUGCUUUCCAAAAAAAAGCAAAAGCCUGUGGACUGUUAUUUAUUGAUGAUUAAUUGCAUUAUAAAAUGAUUCAUGUAAAUUAAUAUAAUGACCUCACUGCAACGUGAUACGUGUGGAUUAGUUUACAGUUCAAGCAGAUC